AUGACAUCCAAAUGGUCUUCCAGCUGUCCCAAACAAAAAGCCAAUCGAAUCCGGAACAACCAGCGGCGACAUCGAGCUAAAGUCAAAGCUCACAUCUCCAGCCUUGAAUCAGAACUUGCGGAAUCACGGAGACAGUUGGCUUUCGCGGAGAAUCGCAUCAAGGCGCUUGCAGCUGAAGUUGAGCGGCUACAGAGCGAGGCAAGAAGAGGGUCUCCUUCUGAUGCGACAACCCUCGGCUAUGGAUCAAGCACCACCGCAUCUCAAAUCAUCUCAGGGUCACGUUGCUGCCAGAAUUUGGGGGAACAAAGGAGGCUCGAUGAUAUACCUACUUACGAACAAAUUGCCGUGACCGAUUUGAUAUCAAUGAAUGAUAUAGAAAGAGAUCCUUCUGACAUAGGCCUAUCUUUUGCCUCCCGAUACGACAGCCCAAAUUUACCUCCGCAACAACCUGGCGAGUCUACAACAAGUUGCACAAUCGCAUAUGGCAUCAUUGCACAACAGAAUCUCAAGGGGCUGGGGAUAGAGGAUAUUCAUCAGUGGCUACAUACAGGAUACAGGCGAGCCCUCCGUGACGGAGAUGGAUGUACCGUGGUCAACAGUCUUGUGUAUAGCCUCAUUGACCAUCUCAGCCCGGUAUAG